AUGUCCUCACCCGUCAAGCUUGACGGCAUUAGCCCACGGCCGUCUCUGGACGGCGCACGACCCUUCAUAUCUCCUCCACCGAACGGCACGAACGGCACCGAGCCUGACGAAGACGACGCCAACCUCGACCCUGUGGAACGGCUGCAGCGCGAGCUCCAACGCACCAAGGAGGAGAAGGACACACUUGCGACCCAGUACCGCAACCUGCUCUCAAAGCUCACCACGAUGCGUACAACGCUGGGGAACAAGCUGAAGCAAGAUGCCGAAGAACUCGACCGGCAGGAGCAGCUCGUGCAGCAGCUGACAGUGCAAAAUGAGGAUCUGACGGCGACAGUAGAGACACUCAAGGCCGAGCUCAUCGCUUCGAACGACGAGGCGGAGCGCGCCUCACGGGAGCUCGAGGCGAUGCGCAGCCGCGCUCUGCAGGAGAGUGCACAGGAGUCGUUUAUGCGCGAGCGCGAGCUGCAUGAGACGCAAGCGGAGCUCGAGCAAUGCCGCGUCGAGCGGGAUGAAUGGGAGCAGAAAGCGAUGCAGGAGCACAUUGCUGCGGACGAGGCGCGCAUGACGAUGAACAACCUGCGCCGGGAGGUUGAGGUUGAGCGGACGGCGCGAGAGCUCGCGGCGGUGGAACUGCAGGCAGAGCGCGAGAAGUGCAACAAUUUACAGUCUGUGCUCGAGGACUUCCAAGCCGCGAAGGAUCAUGAGCUAAGACAGGCAACGAAAGAAUACGAAUCGCAGCUACAAUCCGUCACACAGUCGUUGGCCGAGUACAAACACCGUGCUCUGACUGCCGAGCUGCAAAUAGACGAUUCUUCGACACACACCUCGAGAAUUCAGGAACUGGAGAAAGAAGUGAAGGAGAAGAACUUGCUCAUCGGCAAGCUCAGGCAUGAAGCCGUCAUCAUGAACGAGCACCUGAUGGAGGCGCUCCGCCGGCUGCGCCAGUCAUCGAACGAGACGAACGUCGAUCGACGGCUCGUCACUAACGUGCUUCUCUCCUUCCUCAACACGCCCCGCGGUGACGCCAAGCGCUUCGAGAUGCUAUCUCUACUCUCCACGAUCCUCUCGUGGUCAGAUGACGAGCGCGAGCGCGCUGGUCUGCAGCGCAAGAGCGGUGCGCUGCAGGCAGCCUCCGCUGUGGCAAGCCUGUUUGGGCGGGGUUCACCAACGAGAGGCAAGGGGCUCGAGCUGGAGAAGACGGAUGAGACAGAGUCCUUCUCUCGCCUCUGGGUGGAGUUCCUGCUUACGGAGGCUGCGUCAGGGGAGGAUGCACAUUCUGGCUCUUCAACACCGAUCAAGUCGCCGCCGCGCAUGAACGGCUCUCUGCCGAGCUCGCCCACUCGUAGCGCACGAUUGCCCAGCCUGCUUUCUCCAACAGGACUCAAGGGAACAAGGCGCCUGCCUUCAUUCACAAAUGCCGCGAUGAACAGCACGCCCGAUCUAUCCUUACAGCAGCCACCAUCUAGUAAGGGGAAGGAGAAGGCUGAUUUGUGACAAUGCUCGCUUGGGACUCCUGUAUUUAUUCUGUUUAUGGAUUUCAUUGGACUCAC